CCAGGCCUGCAGCAGCUCGAGACGUGGCAGGAGCAGCAGGACGCUGCUGGUCGCAGAACCGCGGCACCAAGUGGGAGUUGGUCGCCGGCCAAGCUGCCGUACAAGGUCCACGAGCGAGAUGACUGCACUUCGGACAACAGCGAGGACAGCGACUCCGACGGGGACGAGGUGCCAGAGGGCGGCAGCUCCCGCAGCCGGAGUCAUCCGCAGGCCGCCGCCGCCGCCGCCGAGCCCGACGCCGCGGAGCACGGGCGGCCGCGCCCCGCGGUUGUCGCUGAUGCGGACGUGGAAGGCUUGGAGGUUGGGGUCGAGGAGGUGGGCUUCACGUACCGGGGGCCAGAGCCGACCCUCCACGGGGACUGGGCGCACAAGGGCCGCGUGACUGACUUCUGAGUUGGCGCAGCGUCUCGUUACUGGCUCCCUUCUGACCAGUUCUAGCACGGUGUAGCUCCCUUCCCAUACGUGGGGGAGCUGGCGUUUUUUCAUCGGUGUGGACGGACGCUUUCCCAGAUACAUUUUCGAUUGUUCCUCUGCCACUUGGUUCAACUCGGCCCUACAGCCAAAGGCGUUAGGGCGGCUCCGAGGAGCACGGACUCAUGGGGUACUGGCGCUCCUCCUCUGAGUUUCGGCCAGGCUUCACCUCCUCCUCCUCCUCCUUCUCCUCCUCCUGAGUAGAUGGCAACACACUACAUGGUGAAUCUUCUGUGGGAUGUUUGACGAGCUGGAGGUGGAACUCCCGUCGACUCGCACGAAGCGACGAUUCUCUGCCAUGCUGCGGGGGGACGCAGUCAGUGCACUGCAUAAUGCAGGAGCCAUAAGUCCCCUGUCGCUGAUGUGUUGGCCUAUCCUUUCUAAGGAGGCCCGAGCUGUACGCGCAUUUUCCCAUGCUUGUGGUCUAUAUCAUCUCUUCUGAGCCUCACCCCUUCGCUAAUUCCACGUUUCUCAUUCUCGCUCUCUUCAUCUUGUGGUCCACCGCAGGUUUUCGUGCAAGCUGACGCGCGAGGCGUCCUCCGCACACAGCUCUCCACCCUCGCCGCACCAGCGUGCUCGGCGAUUGCGCGGGAAA